UUUCAAUCUAAUUUCAGUGCCAUUCGCCAGAAUCUGGACUGUCUGAUGAUGUAUACGGCCCCGUGUAUGGCCAACAGGACAUCAUAUGGCAGUUCAGCCAGUUAUGGCUCAGUCGGCAGCAGCUCUUAUGACAGCACCCGUAAUAAUGGCGGAGAUUUCAUACGACGGGCCAAACAGACUCUCGAGCGGUACUGCGAACAGGGAGGCGGAGGCUGGAAGAGUGCCUCGUGUUUUAUGAGGCAAGAGGUGCGGGAAUGCGAGACUCGGUACCAAUUUCAGCAAAACCCGCCGCCGGUGUCCACCAGCGCCUGUCGUAAUUACCAAGAUUUUCGCGAUUGUGUGGUCCGUAUUGUCCGCCAAUCGUGUUAUUCGCAGGACUUGCAGCUAAUGGCCACAUAUCUGGUGGACAAGGGGUCCGAUCUGAGCUGGUCUUGCGUUGUGAACGAUGACAGCAGCCGUCGUUUAGACACCGGCAGUGGCUAUAAUCCCAAUUAUCCCAACGAUCCGAACCGUUUAAAUGACCCGAACAGGCCGUACGACGCCAAUAGGGACUCCGGACGUUACGUUCCCGGCGGUAGUUAUGGCGGCAGUUAUGACCCGAACCGAGACAGGACUGGAUCCGGUGCUUAUGAUUACAACAACAGAAACAACAAUAAUAGGGAUCAAUAUAACGACAGAAACAGAUACGACAACAAUAGAGAUCUGGACAGAGAUAGGGGUUAUGUCGGCGGCGGUGGCCUCUCUAGUGGUGGCAUAUAUGGUGGCAGUAGUAGUAGUAGUGGCUCUCAGUCGGGAAGUAUUGAUCGUUUCGGUGGGUAUUACCCGACGACCGACUCGUGUCUGGAAAAGUCCGGUUAUUUUGUGAGGAGUUGUGAGGACACACUUAUUCAACGGCAGAGAGACGCCAGAGAGGGUCGCAGUAGUACUGAU